GGGCCGCCCGCCAGCCGCAGGCGGGCGCGGGGGGCGGGGCGGAGGGCCGGCCCGCGGCCGCGACGUGGGUGCGAAGCGGCCGCCCCCGCUGCCGAGCCUGGAGCCGAGAGCGGGCGGCGGAGCGCGAGCGGGACGCGGUGGGUCGGCGCGGCGGGAUAUGAAGUGCUGGUUAUAAGCUCCAGAGAGUUGCCCUCCACGGAGCUCAGAAGAGCAGUGGGCGAACAUGAAAUCCAAUCCUGCCAUCCAAGCUGCCAUUGACCUCACGGCAGGGGCUGCAGGGGGCACGGCAUGUGUACUGACCGGGCAGCCCUUCGACACCAUGAAAGUGAAGAUGCAGACGUUCCCCGACCUGUACAGGGGCCUCACCGACUGCUGCGUGAAGACCUACUCCCAGGUGGGCUUGCGGGGCUUCUACAAGGGCACCAGCCCAGCGCUGAUCGCCAACAUCGCCGAGAACUCUGUCCUCUUCAUGUGCUACGGCUUCUGCCAGCAGGUGGUGCGGAAAGUGGUUGGAUUGGAAAAGCAGGCGAAGCUGAGUGAUCUGCAAAACGCAGCUGCCGGUUCCUUCGCCUCUGCCUUUGCUGCUCUGGUCCUCUGCCCCACGGAGCUCGUGAAGUGCCGGCUGCAGGCCAUGUAUGAAAUGGAGACGUCGGGAAAGAUAGCCAAAAGCCAGAACACAGUUUGGUCCGUCGUGAAGAGUAUCCUUAGGAAGGACGGGCCCUUGGGCUUCUACCAUGGACUCUCGAGCACUUUACUUCGAGAAGUACCAGGCUACUUCUUCUUCUUCGGUGGCUAUGAACUGAGCCGAUCGUUUUUUGCAUCCGGGAGAUCAAAAGAUGAAUUAGGCCCUGUCCCUUUGAUGUUAAGUGGUGGAUUUGGUGGAAUCUGCCUCUGGCUUGCUGUGUACCCAGUGGAUUGUAUCAAAUCCAGAAUUCAAGUUCUCUCCAUGUCUGGAAAACAGGCCGGAUUUAUCGUUACCUUUAUAAGCAUCGUGAAGAACGAAGGAAUAACGGCCUUAUAUUCUGGACUGAAGCCUACCAUGAUUCGUGCAUUCCCUGCCAACGGGGCACUCUUUUUGGCCUACGAGUACAGCAGGAAGCUGAUGAUGAGGCAAUUUGAAGCAUACUGACGUGUUCUGGCGAACCUCCAUCCAAUGCAGGCGUUUGAGGGCUGCAGUUCAUCUCAGGGUUUCAAGGAGUACAAGACCAACAUAGAAUUAUUUUCAUUUCGUGGGGAUUUUUUUUUUUUUUUGUCUUCCAUUCUCCUACCUUAAACCUUAAACUUUACAGAAGAGCCUCUAUUUUAUAUAGUAUAAUUUCUGUCCAUAAUAGUAUUAAAAUAGAAAAGUUGCUGCUCUUGUCCUUGGUGGGACAUUACAGGGUGGGCUGUUGGCCCUAGGUACCUAAUCUGAAAGGCUAAACAGAGCUAUUUCAAGGGCUUCUGCGUAAAACUGUAUGUGUACGUGCAGUUUAGAUGGUUCUGUGUUGUGAGGGAAGCACAGUUUAGUUCCAUGUUUAAUCUUAAAUCUCACCAGAAAAAACCAGAGGUAACCAUGUUUCAUGAGAAUGGUUCUAAAUCUUAAUCCAUUCUAGAUGUAGGGUCUCUUCUAAAAUUGGCUUAGCACGUACACUAUACUAAGUGGUUAAAGUUUUUAAAAUGUUUUCCUGUGGUACCUGAAAACUAAGAUGUCCUUCUAGAUUCUAAAGAGAAGAUACCUGCAUACUGAUGUGGCUUCCAUGUUCCUGAGUUAGGUUUCAGAAUAAGCAUCCUGGAUUUUCCCAAGAUGCUCCUCUGUGGAAGCAGUGCCAUUCAUCUUCCAGGUGGGAUCACAUUCCAUGCCGGGACGCAUUGUUGGGCGUGGCCUAGAGCCUUUGGGAAGCAGCACAGCCCUCACCUGUGCCAGCUCUCUUCCCCCCUUUCCCAAGGAGCUCCCCUCUGCUGGGCUUGAGCUCAAGGCAGGGGCUGAGGGGAGGAGGCUGUGGUGCUUUGCGAAGAUUGUGGCUGAUAGCCGCCCUGAGCUGCUGCGUCUGGGUCCCGGACUGGGUGGGGUUCCAUAGAGUUCUCUGGGACCAUCUAUGGGCUGCUGGUCCCCUUUGGACCACACCCUCCUUGCUUCUGCCAAUCGGAAACCCUUCCAGGGAGCAGCGUGCCAAAGCCCAGAGAGGCGCUGGCUCCGUCUGGGGAUGGAGUGACGGUGCCCGUGGGUGGAGUGCUCUCGUUUCGGGCAGAACCAGAGCACAGUGCUUGCGCUCCCUGCAUCCCCGUGAGGGGUGUCGGGGCUGACCCAGGCUGAAGUCUGUCCCGGGAUCCCUCACUCCUGGCCGUGCUUUUACAGCACUAGAGCCUUUGACAGGGGCCACCUGGCCACCGUAGAUUUCAGUGACGUGGGCUCUGGGGUGUGACUUCAUAAAUCAAUGAAACACAAGUAAUUUGUUUAACCUAUGCCGUAUGUGUGCGCUAAUAACAAACCCCAGUUCAUCUGACUCCCACAGACUCGGGCUGGGAAUUCUCUGCUCACCUGGUAUAAGGGAGCCCUGGCUGUCGCCACUGAAGCAAGCCUCCUCAUUCUGUGCUGCUCCAAGACCACCCAGGGCUCUACUAAAGAGCUCUUCAUCAGCCUGUAUGGCUGAUGUGUUAAUAAUAGUUCACACCGGUGUGUGUGUCAUUGGCAGAAUGGAAACCUUGUGUGAAACCUCCAGUUUCCGCAAGCUUUUUGUUCUCCCCGAAGCCUUGGUGGUGACUCUUGCCACGUGCCAGGAGCCAGAGGGUCACGACGGUGAGAUGCUGGCAGACUUGGCGGAGGGGAUGCUCAGCGCCAUGCCCUGUGGGCUCCAGAGUGAUGCCUGGUCUUCCGUUUGCCUUUUCUUAAAAACCAUUUUUCUACCUUACUUUUCUCCAUACUUAAAUGGUCAGUAGCUACUGAGUGGUGCUUCAUCUGGACAGGCCUGGAUUGAAGCAAAAAUAGCAAAUGGGACUGGCUUCCCCCAGGAAGUGACCUGCUCCAGAGCCCAUCAGGCUGCUGUUGUCUGAGUGCUGUUGGCGGUAGAUCUUCUCACGUGUUGUCCUGUAAAGAUUUAACUGAAUAUAACAGAAACUGUCUGAGGCAAGUAAGAGUGAGUAAUGAAUGGAAACUUAAGUCAGAGUUUUUUUGUUUCAUUCUGUUCGCUUAAUUCGUGGUUCAGUAUUUGGGUACAGUUUGUACCACUUCAGAUCUGUACUCCAGACAAAAAUAUAGUAACUUGAAAUACUGUGUUUAAAGAAAUCAUCGUGUUCUAUCAUUAAAUUAUUUGGCUAAGAGUUGACUAUAUGAUUUAAGUACUUUACAUACAUGCUAAGAACCAGCCGUCAGGAAUGUUUGAGUUAUGUAUGGUGAAAUUUUGAGGUGGUGGUUUUAUUGCAACCAGCAUUGUUUUGUCAGCAAGAUUCUUGAUGUAAAAUAACAACUGUUGAUAAAAAUACGUAUUCUGUAUACACUGCAGUUAUGAAACUUGGCCCCCAAGAAUUACUCUCCUUCCACCAGGCUUGGAUGUGAUGUGACUGAUUUGGUAGGAUGCCAUUCUAUUUUUUAAAAUAAACUUCUUGAUAUCAAGCCUUGGAUAGUUCUAUUCCAGGUCAGUAAAUUCUAUUCAA